CCGGCGGGGGGAACAGGCUGACCGAAUCUGAGCAGUUCUGAGAGGGACACACACACACACACACACACACAGCAGCAGCCCCGGGGGCUCCUCUGCCUAGCUCCAAUCCACCCUCUGUCAGCACCCCAGGCCGGCCGUACCCCUCCGCGACUGAUGCCAGCAGCAAGAGGCGCCGGGAGUGCAAGAAUGCAAACAGUUCUUUCACUGCCCAGCCACCUUCAGGUGUUCGGGGCAAAAUAAGAGGUUUUGGGGGCAUUUCUCCUUUUUAUUGUUGGGACUGGUAAAAGAAGGAACCUGGCCUCAGUCAGCUUCCUGGAGGGAGACAGGGGGCUGGAAAAGAACUCCUUGUUUGUUUACUUGCGAUCUGGACUUUAAAGAGCGACAGAAAAGGCAGGUUGUCAAAGACUUUCAGCAAUUACACGCACAUUAGCGGUCAGUGCUUCUGGUGUGUCUCUAAAUGAGGACGAGCUUCUCCACCCCACCCCACCCCCCAUCCCAGCCCCCGUACCUCAGUGAUUCUCCUGACUGUCAGUGACAGCCUGAUGGAUGCUUGAAAGGAAAUCAAUAUCGAGCGUUGUACGCGGCGCCGUCUGUUGAAUCAUCUGGGGCUGUUGUGGUCGAGCGAUCUGAAGCUAUUCGGUGACAUUUGCUGAGAAUUCGGAGCGUUGCCUGAAGGUGCUGGGGAUACAGAAGGCGCUGUCGAUGGACGGUGUUAUUGUGUGUGUGUGAGUUUGCAGCGACCGUGGGGAGAGAUAGACCGCUCGCUUUUACACACAGACACGAACAAGCCCAGGCGUCGGCACAAAGUUGGGAGAGCGGACCGCGGAUUGGAAACGACCAACUUGUCUUUUUUGUUUGUUUAAAGCUUUCCACGGGUUUUUGUUUUGUUUAAAAGUUUGCCUGCACCGUUGCUUCCCCCACCCACUUCCACAAAAACACAGGGGGGAGAAAAAAGAAGCCACGAUGGACGCGUUUGGAUUCUGCAGGAUUUUCUCCUGGUUUCUCCUUGUGAUCGGGACGAGCACUUGGACUGAAGUUGCCGGCCAAGUUUGUCCCAGUCACUGUACCUGUGCCGGGCCGGCUGUGGAUUGUCACGGACUGGGACUGCGCUCUGUCCCCAAAAGCAUCCCUAGGAACACCGAGAGACUGGAUUUGAAUGGGAACAACAUCACACGGAUCACCAAAUCAGCCUUCUCAGGAUUGAGACAUAUGCGAGUUCUACAGCUCAUGGAAAACCAAAUAACCACCAUUGAGAGGGGAGCCUUUCAGGAUCUGAAGGAGCUGGAAAGACUCCGCCUGAAUAGAAACAACCUACAGGUCUUGCCAGAGUUGCUUUUCCUGGGAACUCCGAAGCUCUACAGACUUGAUCUGAGCGAAAACCACAUUCAUGCUAUUCCAAGGAAGGCUUUCCGAGGAGCUGUGGACAUCAAAAAUUUGCAACUGGAUUACAACCAGAUCAGCUGCAUUGAGGAUGGAGCAUUCAGGGCUCUGCGUGACCUGGAAGUACUUACCCUUAACAAUAACAACAUUUCUCGACUCUCAGUGGCAAGCUUCAACCACAUGCCUAGGCUUAGAACCUUCCGACUCCAUUCAAACAACCUGUACUGCGACUGCCAUUUAGCAUGGCUUGCUGAUUGGCUGCGACAGCGCCCUCGAGUUGGGCUGUACACUCAGUGCACCGGGCCUGGGCACCUGAGAGGCCAUAAUGUUGCAGAAGUACAAAAGAAGGAGUUCAUUUGCUCUGAUGACGACAAAGGUCACCAGAGUUUAACAAUGCAAUCCUGCAGUGUCCAUUCAAAGUCUUGUCCAGCGGUCUGCACAUGUAGCAACAGUAUCGUGGAUUGUCGUGGCAAGGGUCUUACUGAGAUAUCGAGCAAGCUUCCAGAAAGCAUCACGGAAAUACGGCUGGAGCAAAACUCAAUCAAAACCAUCCCUCCUGGAGCCUUCUCACCCUACAAGAGAUUGCGAAGAAUAGACCUGAGCAACAACCACAUUUCAGAAAUUGCACCGGAUGCUUUCCAGGGAUUGAGGUCACUUAACUCCCUUGUGUUAUAUGGAAAUAAAAUCACAGAGCUCCCUAAAGGCCUUUUUGAGGGACUCUUCUCUCUGCAGUUACUGUUGCUGAAUGCCAACAAGAUUAACUGUCUGCGAGUAGAUGCUUUUCAGGAUCUCCAUAAUUUAAACCUCCUCUCUCUAUAUGACAACAAGUUACAGACCAUUGCCAAAGGCACUUUUGCACCUCUGCGUGCUAUCCAGACUCUGCAUCUGGCUCAGAACCCAUUUAUUUGUGAUUGUCAUCUGAAAUGGCUUGCGGACUAUCUGCACGCAAACCCCAUUGAAACAAGUGGUGCCCGCUGUAGCAGUCCUCGCCGUCUGGCAAACAAGAGGAUCGGACAGAUCAAGAGCAAGAAGUUCCGCUGCUCAGGCACAGAGGAUUACAGAUCCAAACUCAGCGGAGACUGCUUCCUGGAUCUUGCUUGCCCUGAAAAGUGUCGAUGCGAGGGAACCACUGUGGACUGCUCCAAUCAGAGACUUACGAAAAUUCCUGAUCACAUCCCUCAGUACACUGCAGAGUUGCGCCUUAAUAACAAUGAGUUUACAGUUUUGGAAGCCACUGGGAUAUUCAAGAAACUCCCUCAGCUCCGUAAAAUAAACUUGAGCAAUAAUAAGAUUACAGAUAUUGAGGAGGGUGCAUUCGAGGGAGCUAGCGGUGUGAAUGAAUUGUUACUGACAGGUAACCGUCUGGAAACUGUGCACCGCAAAAUGUUCAAAGGACUGGAUAGUCUUAAAACAUUGAUGCUGAGGAGCAAUAAAAUUGGUUGUGUGAGCAAUAACACGUUCACAGGCCUGAGUUCUGUUCGCCUACUCUCUCUUUAUGACAAUCAGAUAACUACCAUUUCUCCAGGAGCAUUUGAUACUCUCCACUCUCUGUCUACACUAAAUCUGCUAGCCAAUCCUUUUAACUGCAAUUGCCAUUUGGCCUGGUUGGGAGAAUGGCUAAGAAAGAAACGCAUAGUCACAGGAAACCCUCGCUGCCAGAAGCCCUAUUUCUUGAAGGAAAUUCCUAUCCAGGACGUGGCAAUCCAGGACUUCACAUGUGAUGAUGCCAGUGCCUUGUUUAUGAUACAGAGAGUGUCCAUGUCUGUCACAAGCCAUCCGCUUGCCUUCUGCCUUGACCAAGUGUCACCUGUGAACCAACAGCCGCUGUCUGACACUGUGGAGCAGAAACUGAUGUGUUUCCGGUAUUUGGAUGGAAAUCAGUUUGUGAUGGUACCCAAGGAACUCACCACUUUCAAGCAUUUAUUACUUAUUGAUUUAAGUAACAACAGAAUCAGUACACUGUACAACCAGAGCUUCAGCAACAUGACAGAGCUUCUGACCUUAAUUCUUAGUUAUAACCGGCUGAGGUGUAUUCCAGUUCGAACAUUCGAUGGGUUGAAAUCCCUCCGUUUAUUGUCUUUGCAUGGAAAUGACAUCUCAUCUAUUCCUGAAGGAGCUUUUAAUGACCUUUCAUCACUGUCACAUUUGGCCCUUGGUGCGAACCCUUUAUAUUGUGACUGCAACAUGCAGUGGUUAUCUGAUUGGGUAAAGUCAGGCUACAAAGAGCCAGGCAUAGCACGCUGUGCUGGACCUGGUGACAUGACAGAUAAACUCCUGCUCACCACUCCUUCUAAGAAAUUUGAAUGCCAAGGUCCCAUUGACAUCAACAUUCUAGCCAAGUGUAACCCUUGUCUUUCCAAUCCAUGUAAAAAUGAUGGCACCUGCAACAAUGACCCAGUGGAUUUUUAUCGGUGCACCUGCCCAUAUGGAUUCAAGGGACAAGACUGUGAUGUUCCCAUUCAUGCCUGUGUAAAUAGCCCAUGCAAAAAUAGUGGAACUUGCCAUCUUAAAGAGGGAGAAAAGGAUCAUUUCUGGUGCUCAUGUGCAGAUGGCUUUGAAGGUGAAGAGUGCACUAUAAAUAUUGAUGACUGUGAGGACAAUGAUUGUGAGAAUAAUUCCACCUGCGUUGAUGGAAUCAAUAACUACACUUGCCUCUGUCCACCUGAAUAUACAGGUGAGCUAUGUGAAGAGAAACUGGACUUCUGUGCUCCGGAGCUGAACGCUUGUCAACAUGAUUCCAAAUGUAUCAUGACCCUCAAGGGAUUCAAGUGCGAGUGCACACCUGGGUACGUUGGUGAACACUGUGACAUUGACUAUGAUGACUGCCAGGAGAACAAGUGUAAAAACAGUGCACAGUGCAUUGAUGCAGUGAAUGGGUAUACAUGUAUCUGCCCAGAAGGUUACAGUGGUCUGUUUUGUGAGCUGACCCCACCAAUGGUUUUACCUCGCACUAGCCCCUGCGAUCACUUUGAAUGCCAGAAUGGAGCCCAGUGUAUUGAAAUUGGAAAUGAGCCAGUCUGCCAAUGUCUGGCAGGUUAUGAAGGUGACAAGUGUGAAAAAUUGGUUAGUGUGAACUUUGUGAACAGAGAUUCCUACCUCCAGAUUCCCUCACCAAACAUACAGCUUCAGCCUAAUAUCUCUCUCCAGGUUGCUACAGAUGAAGACAAUGGGAUUUUGCUGUACAAAGGAGACAAUGAUCACAUCGCUGUGGAGCUUUUCCGUGGGCGAGUACGUGUCAGCUAUGACACAGGUACCUAUCCAGCAUCAGCCAUUUACAGUGUGGAAACAAUCAACGAUGGCAACUUUCACAGUCUGGAGCUGGUAGCAGCUGAUCAAAUGUUAAGUCUGGUGAUAGAUGGAGGAAAUCCUAAAACUAUUAACAAUUUAGCCAGACAAUCUACACUCAACAUAGACUCCCCUCUCUACGUUGGAGGUAUGCCCACCAAGACAAACUUCGCAGCUCUGCGCCAAGGACCAGGCCAGAAUGGUACCAGUUUCCAUGGCUGCAUUCGCAAUUUAUAUAUUAACAAUGAACUGCAGGACUUUAAGAAAGUUCCAAUGCAGAUUGGCAUUCUGCCAGGCUGUGAACCCUGUCAGAAGAAGAUGUGCCAGCAUGGUACCUGCCACACCAUUGGCCAGUCCAGCUUCACCUGUGAAUGUGAAGGAGGUUGGACAGGAACCCUUUGUGACCAGCAAACAAAUGAUCCAUGUCAGGGCAAUAAGUGUGUACAUGGUAUUUGUGUGCCCAUCAAUGCCUUCUCAUACAGUUGUAAGUGCCAGAUGGGUUUCAAAAGUGUAUUGUGUGAUGAGGAAGAGGAGCUCUUUAACCCCUGUCAGAACAUCAGGUGUAAACAUGGAAAAUGUAGGCUUUCAGCUGUUAGCAGACCUUACUGUGAAUGUAAUAGUGGAUACACUGGAGAGAACUGUGACAAAGAAAUUUCCUGUAGAGGGGAACGAAUCCGAGAUUACUACCAGAAGCAGCAAGGCUAUGCCGCUUGCCAAACAACCAAAAAGGUCUCGCGGUUAGAGUGUAGAGGUGGAUGUGACAACGGACAGUGCUGUGGUCCUCUGAGGAGCAAGCGACGGAAAUACAGUUUUGAAUGCACUGACGGCUCUUCAUUUGUGGAGGAGGUGGAAAAAGUCGUGAAAUGCGGCUGCUUGCAAUGUUCUUUGUAGAAGUUUCAAAUGCUUGCCCUUUUUCAAAACAAUGUGCACCUGGUGACUGUGUGGGACGUAUUUUUGCUUCCGUGGUGGAGAUAUUUGAAUUAUAUUGUAAAAUACAGAACAGACGUAUUUUUAUUAUCAGAAAAUGACUAUUUUCUUCAUUUACAAAAAUAUUUCAAGUCUUUUUGACUGAAAGUUAUUGCAACACGUAUAAAAUGUUUGUCAGAAGCCAAACCAUUUUGGACUGGAUUUUGACUUUUCCUGACUUGGCAAAAAGAACUUUUCAAUAUUUUGACAUCCAAUGGACAGCAAAAGUGAAGUCCAAAGGAGGAGAAUGCCACUGAAAGUGAGUGAUGUCCAUUUAAAGAAAACAACAAGCUGCAAGUCACAUCAGUUCAUCUUUGAUACAGAGACACAGAUGUAACUGUGCUGUAAGGUCAUGAAUCAAGAAUGUGUACCGAUGAAGAAGCCAGAACUUCUGCUGUCAUUUCACAUCUUGAAUAUGUGGACAGUUAUCUUUUUUUCCCCAGUAUAAUGUGUACAUUAGCAUAUUUGAGCUUACAAAGUGUUUUAGCAAGCUUUGUUUCCAGUAUUAAUUCUUUGUAAUAUAAUUAUAAAUGGGGACUAUACAACCAAUAGAGAAUUGAUGUAUGGAUUACUUAGUUGGAUAAAGUUUUGUGGUUUUCUUUUGAAAUGAGUUUUACGCAGUAUUCAAGAUAUCAUUACGAAGUAUUUAUUGUAUCAAAAAACUUGUACCUAACUUUGCUAGAUCUUCUCUUUCACUCCAUUUUUGAAUCUUUAAUAUAUAUUAAUUUAUAUUUCGUCCUCAUAUUUUUGUAUGUUAAAAACAUUAAAAAAAGAUUGCAGUUUUUUAUUUUUAUUUUUUGGGGGGAGAUAGACUAACUAACAAUCUAGCAUGUCCUCUCGGGGUGAAUUGUCUUGUUAUCUUUUUGAUCAGUUGUGUCUCCUGUAUUUUUGACCAAUGACAUUGCUUUGGUUUACAAAGCCUGGGAAAUAACCUCAGCCUAAUGGUGUCAGAUGUAACAAGCCAGUGUAUAUUUUGUGAAUUCUGCUGAAUUUGAACCUACCUUGACAAACUAGAUUUUUUUUGUUAUAGAAGUGAUUUUUUUUCAAUCUCCUCCCCUUUAUCCCUCUCCCCUGAAAUUUAGUAAAGGUAAAUUAAAACAUGCUGUUUUCUGGCAGAUGAACAAGUUUUUACAUAUCAGGAUAUUGUUUGGAGUUCCUCAGUUUCCUGACUGACUGUAAAUUCAGAAUUGUCUCCUUUUCUUGACUAUUGAAAUUACAUGUCAGCCGUUUGUUCUCCUACAGUAACUUGUUGCUGCUAAACUACAGAUUUAGAGUUGAUUAAAUUUAAGUAGGUGGGCUGUGCUCUUUACAAAUUAAAGAUUGGGAAUGCCUGUGUAAAUACAAUUUGGUUUCCUUUGUUUUUUUUUCUGCAUCUAGUUAGCUGUACAUGUUGACUGAUAUCAGUGAUGCUACUGAUGUUUGUAAAUUAAAUAAGAUAUUAACUUCAGUCAGA